CAUCCGGAUACAAUGGUGACAAAUAUCCGGAAAACAAAGACCUCAACGUCCGGAAAUGUACUUCAGCAGCUUCAACAAGCAACCAUAAUGAAUGGCAAAGGCGGCAAGAAGCGCAAAGCCGCGGCGAUGUCCGUCGAGGAUGAGAUCGCUGCGGUGAACGAUAUUCUGCAGUCGGAAACCACGUCACGAGAGUCGUGGCAAGUGGGGAAGCGGCUCAAGACGUUGAUCGACGCACACCCGGACAUGACCAAGGAGCAGCUUGGAAACACCAUGUGCAUGUGGGGCACGGCGAUUUCGCGCAUUGCGUCGGAGAACGACGACGCGACAUUGGCCGAAGCUGCCAUGGACAAGUUCCAUCAAGCGUUGACGUUGCUGGGCCAGGACGAGAUGGGUCCGUACGGCAUGGCGCUGUACGGCAGUACGUCCAUGAUUGUCGCGACGGAGAAGCAAGACCGAUCUGUCCUCGAAGCGGCGCUCGCGCAAUUUGACGCGGCAGUGGCGAUGGACACACCCGAAGCCUUCGAGUCCCCUUUUCAAUACGCCAAAGCGUUGAAAGAAGGAUCGGUCCUGGUCCAGCAUUUGAUAGAUACUGCCGCCGACACCACCGUCACAGACGAGGACAACAAGGGGAUAGCAGACAGUAUCGCAUUUCAAUCCCCCCAAGCCCUUCAACAAAAGGGUCUAGAGAUAUGCAAUCACAUUCUCCAACAACAUGCAGCCGUGCUUUCCGACACUCCACUUCAACACGCUACCGGUGACAACGACUCGGGUGACGAAACUGGUGACGAUGAAGUGGAAGACGAAGUGACCAAGGAAGACAUGUCCGAGGUCGUGCUGCUGCAGGCGCAACUCACUGCGCUACUGGCCACAGCCACCCCCGACGCCAUAUACGACCUAUUCAAGCAAGCAUAUGAACUCCAUCGAGAAAAUGUCAACGCGCUGAUUGAAAUGAACACGUUCGUGUGUCGCGUGGAAUUGACAUCGUCAAUGGUUCCGUGGGUCGUGCCCCGCCUCGAAUGGAUGCAACAAGAGCUGCUUCGUGUUCUCGACGAGCUCGAGUUUGACCUGGACUCGUGUUUUGAGCACGUGAUGCGCGCGUCGACGUUGGCAAAGCCCAAACCAGUCAACGAGGUCGUUCCCAAGGUGCUCGACGUCCUCGGCCGCAACCUCGUGGCCCAGCUCAAAGCGUCCUCGUCUUCUUCGAACGAACUUCACGCCCACGCACUCAAGGUGCUCCAGUGCGCGCACCACCUCCACGACGCGUUCGGGUGCUACUCCCUCGCCGCACUUCACGCGCUCCCAGCGUUUGUCAACCCCACAGAGUGCCACGUAUGGCUCGACACGUGCGAGAGCUACGGCGUGCUCGAUGAUGAGUUCCAAGCUCGAGACUUUAUUACCAUGAAGGACCAAGACUGGUUCGGGGCGUUCGCAGCACCCAACGGCACGCUGCACCCGGUGCACGCCGAGCUCGUAGUCGCCCCAUCGGCGCCAUCGCCGUCGUCGUCGUAGGGUCUAGUGGAUGUAAUAACUCUAGUAUUUCCGAUUGACGAAGGAUGAUCCCGUUGGGUAUGACUACCCUGAAAUACAUUUACAAAUAUAUAUAUUGUGACCCUAAUUCGCCAGUUUGGGACCGAAUUCAAUAAGGGAGCGCCUGG